AACUACCACAUGACUUCCCUGUACGAAGCACAAUACCACCUCAAGAUCCUAGAAUUCUAGUUGCUAGUGUUGUUUCUAAAAGUGACAAACAAAAUGAAGAGGCACAGAAGUUUUUCCUCACUUUUUUUCCUGUCUUUGUUGGUGAUUAUCUUUGUCACAUUCUCUAUAAUUUCUGCGGAAGCAAGGAAGACUAAUAUCAAGAGAAAACUUCACAAACGUCACAAAGGUAGUCAUAGUAGCAAUGGUCACACUGGAGGAUCACAUUCUCCAUGUCCAACGCCAACCCCUCUUCCUCAUUAUGGUCCUCAAGGGAGUACCUUUGAUGUUUUAUCUUUUGGCGCCAAGGGCAAUGGAGUUUCUGAUGAUUCAGAGGCACUUGUAGCUGCAUGGAAUGGUGCAUGUAAAGUUGCUGGUGCUACAGUUAAAAUUCCAGCACAACUCAAGUUCCUCAUCAAACCUGUCACUUUGCAAGGCCCUUGUAUGCCUGACCUUACUCUUCAGAUAGAUGGAACUCUAUUGGCACCUCCUGAAGCAUCUUCCUGGCCAAAAUCAAAUUUGUUUCAGUGGAUAAAUUUCAAGUGGGUCCAGAACUUUACCGUUAAAGGCUCUGGCAUUGUAGAUGGCCAAGGCAAUAACUGGUGGAGCUCCUCAGAAUUUUAUGACACACAGAAGAAGAGCUACUCCAAACAAAUUCCAGGCAUUAAACCAACUGCUAUAAGAUUCUACUCCAGCAACUUGGUCACAGUUCGCGAUAUCAGAAUCAUAAACAGUCCUUUGUGCCAUCUAAAAUUUGACAACUCAAAGGGGAUCAAAGUUGACAACAUUACAAUUUUCUCCCCAGAGAAUAGCCCAAACACUGAUGGCAUUCACUUACAGAACACACAAGACGCAGAAAUUCAACGUUCUAUCAUUGGAACAGGAGAUGACUGUGUAUCCAUCCAAACCGGUUGCUCUAAUAUUCAUGUCCACCACAUUAAUUGUGGCCCUGGACAUGGCAUAAGUUUGGGAGGAUUAGGAAAAGACAAGAGUGCGGCAUGUGUCUCUGACAUCAUUGUUGAGGAUAUCUCUAUGAAAAACACUCUAUAUGGAGCAAGGAUCAAAACAUGGCAGGGAGGCAUUGGUAUGGUUAAAAAUGUGUCAUUUUCAAGAAUCCAAGUCUAUGAUGUUAUGUUUCCGAUUAUGAUUGACCAAUACUAUUGUGACAAGCAAAUCUGCAAGAACCACACAGGCACUGUGGUGAUUUCUGGUGUUAAGUUUGAUCAAAUAAGUGGGACUUAUGGUAUGCAGCCUGUUCAUCUAGCUUGCAGCAAUUCCAUACCCUGCACAGAUAUUAAUUUAACAGACAUUCAACUGAGUCCCUCCCUUAAAUACCGAGGGUUGCAACAAGCUGUGUGUUGGAACUCUUAUGGAAAAUCACAAGGCCACUUACUACCUUCAAGCAUUGAUUAUUGUUUGAGAAGUGGUGGGGGAUUGAUCAAGAGGAUAGCAAGGUCACAUGAUAGAGUGUGUAACUAACACCAUAUGUGGGCUUUAGUUUUGCGCUUUGUGGCAGCUUCCCUUCUACAAAUAUUUUUUAACUGUGGGAAGGUGAAGUUUUUUCUUUUUCCUAUUGGAAUUAAUGUACUAGUAGACUUUGUUUAUUGCUACACCGGGGACUCAGUUAUAUAUGUCAGAGAAUAGUGGGUUGAAGCAUUUAUCACCAAACAAAGAAGAUUAAAUGCGCAUUUACUUAAAUAUAAACUAUCAAUCCAAGAACGAUAAUGUAUAUUAUGUAAGGCAUAAUGUUAAAGUCAUGGAUGCAGUUUACA